AUGUCCGCCCUCAAGCUCGGAGGCCUCGUCACGGUCCUGGGUGUGGCUUCUCAGCUGCUAAGCCUUGUUGGUGCGCAGCCUUCUCCCGUUGUCCAAGAACGCAUCUCGGCGGCUAUCUCCCGUGCAGCCAUCGACCCACAGAAUGUCGAUUACACGGAGUUCGUCAACGUCUUCAUAGGAACUGACAAUUAUGGCGAUGUUUGUCCUGGGGCGUCGAUCCCCUUUGGCAUGGUCAAGUUCUCCACCGAUCUCACCGGCUAUGCCCCUGCUGGAUAUGUCACGGACCCCACGCAGCAGAUUCGUGGGCUAAGCCCGAUGCAUGACAGCGGUACCGGAUCUUCCCUUGGGACUUAUGGCAACUUCGAGAUUAUGCCCCUUUUAUGCCCAGAGGGCUUCGACACUUGCGCUGUGAGACUGGAUGAUCGCCUUCGCUAUCGCAAGAAUAACACGGACGAGGCUUACCCUGGCUACUUCGCACAAACGUUGGAUAAUGACAUCAAGAUGGAGGCAACCUCCACGCGCCGUGCAGGUCUGGAGCGCUUCACUUUUCCAAACGGAUCGAAACCCUACUUCACGCUCGAUCUGGCGAACGAUCUUCCACAGUCGUUCGCCGGAGGUUCCAUGAACAUCGAUCCAGAACAGGGAAGGAUCACAAUGGGCGGGUAUUGGGGCUCGAGUUUCGGGCCCGGCGCGUUCCAUUAUCAAGCAUUUGCCUGUUAUGAUCUACUGGACGGUGGAAAACAAACACUCGAUGAAUACGGCGUUUGGACUGGAGAAACCUUUGGUCUUAACUACUGGGAUGAUGCAAAGGGCUUAGGAUUAACGCAUCUCAACUUGUCUGUCGACCUCAUAGGAGAUGUGUACCAGUCCGGCGCACUCUUAUCGUACGCUGGGGAGCCCGAGGAGAUCAUUAUUCGAGUUGGCAUCUCAUUCGUGUCGCUCGAGCAAGCUUGCGCCAAUGCGGAGGCGGAAGUAGGCGACGCCUCGUUCGAGGACAUUGUGGACCGAUCCAAAGCGCUGUGGAACGCGCAAUUGAGCAAAGUAGAGAUUGACUUUGCUCAGACAGAGCCCAACGUCACCGAAAUGCUCUAUUCCUCCUUAUAUCGUUCGUUCCUGACGCCUAACAAUGCGACUGACGAAACGCAAGGCGACUUCGUCAAUACGACGCACUUUUACUUCGAUUCAUUGUACUGCAGUUGGGACACUUUCCGCACAUUCUAUCCCUUGAUGGCACUGCAUUCUCCCGUAGAAUUCGCGCAGAUCGUGGACAACUAUAUUGAUAGUUACCUCAAGCGAGGCUGGAUGCCAGAUUGCCGAGCAAACAAUCUUCCCGGGUGGACACAAGGAGGUUCGAGCGCGGACGUCAUUAUUGGCCAUUUCGCAAUGACCUACCACGAGGAAGCCGAGAAACUCGGCAUCAAUCUCGAGCAACUGUAUGCAGCAAUGAUUGCAGAUGCAGAGAUCAAUCCCCCGGAGUGGAACAUACAAGGUCGCCAAGUCAACGUCUACAAACAAUAUGGCUACGUACCGUUUGCCGCCCUCGAUACAGCAAGUACGGGUCGCAUGACAAGAGAAGGAAGUCGAACUCUUGAGUACGCGUACGAAGACUUUGCUGUCCGUCAAGUAGCGCUGCUGCUCAACAAAACAGACGAUGUAACGACAUACACCAAUCGAUCUUAUUUUUACCGCAAUGUGUGGGAUCCUACAGUCGAAAGUGAUGGGUUUACUGGAUUUUCGCAAAAACGUUACUCGAACGGCACUUUCUACUACACCGACCCCAUCGACUGUUCACCUGCAGAUCCUGAUCAGAAUAGAGAAUGCUCCUUGCAAGAUGAUAACAUAGUUGGCUUUUACGAGUCUUCGUCAUGGGAAUAUAGCUACUUCGCGCCGCAUGACAUGGCCUAUCUUGUGAAGCUCAUGGGAGGCAAUACGACGUUUAUACAGCGUCUAGACCAUUUCUUCAACGCAAGCUACUUCAACGUCGGAAAUGAACCGUCAUUCAAUACUCCAAUUAACUAUCACUACGCUGAUAGUCCAACGAAGAGCGUCGAUCAGGUCCACAACACGGUGUUCUCAUACUUUGACAUCACUCCAGCUGGUCUUCCUGGAAAUGAUGAUCAGGGGGCGAUGGCUACUAUACUGGCCUGGGAUUUACUUGGCCUGUACCCGGUCCCCGGUACAACCGAGAUCCUGGUCGUCUCACCUUUCCUACCUAAAUACACCAUCCACAACGAAUACCUGGGCAUCAGUACGACGUUCACGGUAAAGAACUUCGACCCUAGGUCAGUACAGCAGACCAUACCACCAGGCGUCGCCGCAUACGUAAAGAGCGUCACAAUCAAUGGCGCCGAGGCUCUCUCAAGGUGUCAUUUCGACUUCUACGACGUGUUUCGCGUGGGUGGUGAGGUGGUCAUAGAGGUAACAGCAGACAAGGACGCGGUGAACGAUUGUGGUGCAUCUCUGCCUUUCUCGCUGUCCACCGGUGGUUUCGAUACAGUUCGGUGA